AUGAGAAAAAAGGGAAAUAUAAAAAAUUUUGAGCUAGAGGAGAUAAUAUUUAUUUUACUGAACUGUCUGGAUGAAGAAAAAAAAUUGAACCACGAAAUAAUGAACACCCUUAAAAUAUACAUUAUGUAUCAUAAAUGUGAAAUUUUAAAUUAUGUAUUUUCUUUUCUACAAAUACAAAAGGUUAGUCAUGAUAACCAACUUUUGUUAUUAUACUUAACUUACGAUAUUAUUUAUUACUGCAUUUAUAAUCGUUUCAGUAAUGCUGUUGAUACAUAUUUUGAAGAAAAUAUAAAGGAUGAAAUAAAAAUUGUUGAAAAGGGAGGUUCACAAGAUAAGGUUUCCGCAAAAUUUCAUGAUGUAAAUAUAUUCGAUAACAUUUUAAAAUAUACCUUUUUUGAUGGUGAUAAAUACUGCUUUGUUUAUGAAGAGGAAUUUACAAAAUGGGGAAAUAUAGAAAUGCUGGGGGAUGGUCAUGUUAAUAGUUGUAAUAAUAGUAUUAGUGGUAGUAUCAGCAGCAAAAGCUAUAGCAGAUGGAGCGGUUACCGUGAAAGGAAGGCCCGCAUGCGUAAUAAUUGCCGUGAGUGCAAUAGAAAAUGCUGCCGAAACUCCAGUGGUUAUUCCAAAUGGUACAGAACUGAUCAAGGAAAGGGAUUAAGUAACGUUUUUAAGUACACCAAAAUUUCAAACCUGAUAUGUCUGAAAAAAGAAGAAUACAAAACACACUUAAUAAACGAAGCUAACAUCAAUUCUGCUUUUCAAAAAGAGAGUUACAAUUCGAGUAAGUACAAUAUGCUUUGUUGCAGUAACCUAAACAAUAAAUAUAAUGUGAAGAAGUCAGAAAUUAAUAAUAUUAUUAAAAAUAUAAUAAAUUUCAUACUUAAUGAAAUGCUUUAUAUUAAAAAAAACGAUGAACGGCAUAAUAUAAUGACGAGAUUAUUAAUGUUAUGUAUAAUAAAAGAAGAUAGUUAUUUAAAAAAGAAAAUUAUAGAAAGAGUUAAUUAUUACAUGGAGUCAAAUAGGAAUAAUAAUCCUAGCAGUAACAAUAGAGGUAGCAACAUUAGUAGUAAUAACAAUCUCCGUGAUCACGUAUACACGUACCUUGAGUUGUAUGUAGAUAUCUUUAUGCAAGUUCCUCACCUGGCGAAGAAUGUGCUCAUCGAUGUAUUUAAGAGCAUGAUAUAUUUAGAUUAUCGCUAUUGUAAUAGUGGCAUUAAUAAUUAUGGAAGUAAUAAUAGUCGAAGCAAUAAUAACAGCAGCAGUAGCAAGAGCGGCAAUAAUAACAGCAGCAGUAAUAACAGCUGCAGUAAUAAACAUACUGAUAUGAUGUACAAAAUAUUUUUGAAAAUUUUUGACGAUAUCCAGUUCCCCUCGGUCUUGUAUAGUAUCAUGUAUAUGAAUUCGAGUUAUAAAAAGAAAAAUUUCAUAUUAACAAACAAUAAAAAUACUAAUGUGUAUAUUGAAAAUGAUGUUAUUCAGCUGUCAGUAGAAAAUACCAGUGAUGACACAUGUACUACUUACACCAUACAGUCAUCCUUAAAAUCAAAUUUACCUUGCACGUUAAAUAACGGAAACAUUUUUAGUGACAUCAUCAGUCAAACGAGUCUAUACAGGAAAAAUCCAAAAAAGGACAUGUCAGACUCAUGUGAAAAUGUACCAGAGAACAGCAGAGGCAACAUCAGUGAGAGUAGUUAUCAUCUUAAUGAUGGCUCCCUUCCUCGUACAAGCAUCGAGUCUAACAGCAGCAAUAACAAAGCGGACUCAACGAAUAAUACCUUCAGUUGUCCAAAUGAUGGGGGGGUUAAUAGUGAUAAGGAAGGUGUGCAGACAGAGGAUAAAAAAAGCGAACGUGUUUAUGCAAACGGUGUUAGCGUAUCGACUACAUUAGCAAAACACGAGGAAUUUAUGCGUUCAAAUGAAAUUCAAAGUGUUACCGAAAAAGACCAUUUGGAAGAUGAGAAAAUUAAUACGAAUAAACAGCAGAAGGACUCAUUCACUGAAGAUGAGGAUAAAGCACAAAUGUAUAGCAGAUGUGGCCAUGAAUUAGCAAAAUGUGAACAUGUUGAUGGGAAUCCCGAAGGGAACAUCAACUGUAUAAGGAACAGUCGAAAAAGUAGCGGAAAAAAUAGCGGCAAAAAUAGUGACGGAAAUAGUGGCAAAAAUAGUGACAGAAAUAGCGGCAAAAAUUGUGACAGAAAUAGUUGCAAAAAUAGUGGCAAAAAUUGUGGCAAAAAUUGUGGCAAAAGAAGUCACAGAAGCAGAGGUAGGAGAAAUCUCAGUGGUGAAGAAAAGGGGAGUACUUCUAAUUUUAAAGAUGGUACAAAAAGGGUAAGUGAAAAAAGUGGUAAGAUGAAGUAUGAAAAAAAUUUCGUAAGUAGGCGCAGUAUAUGGAAUGAAAAGAAUAAGGAGAAAGUGGAUGACAUAAGUAUGAUAUGUACAAAAGUUUUAGAUAUAUAUUUUAAUACAAUUGUUAUGAUGAAAUAUACUAAUGAAUAUUAUGAGAAAAUCCUUUAUAUUAUUUCAAGGUUAAUAUUAUAUAUAAAUAAGGAGGAGGAGGAUGAAGAGCAUAAUAUUAAAAGAAUAUUAGAAAUAUAUAUAUAUUAUUUUUUUGUAUUUUUUAAUACAACUAUUAAUAAUACAGGAAUACAUGAUAUAUCUUGUAUAUAUAAUAAUGAUAGCCAGUUAUAUAUAAACUAUGCAAAUAUAAAGGGUAUACCAGAUUAUAGAAUAAUAAAUAGUUUUAGAGUUAUUCUACAAAACUGUUUAAAUAAAGUACAUCUUUUAGUAGUGUUCACUAACCAUGUAUUAAAAUUAGCUUACUGUUUAUUAUACAUAUUAAUUAAUGAAAAUUAUGUUAAUAGUAAUUCUAAGAGUGUAGUUAAACAUAUUAUAUCAAACCAUUAUAUAUCUACCUUUAUCGAAAUUAUGGAAAUUUUUACUAUUUUUAUAUCAUGUGUUUAUACAAACAAUUGUGUAUUCAACUUUUUGAAAGAGAAGUUUAAAUCAAAUACAAAAAUAGGUAUCAUCGUUUCUCUUAUUAUAUUGAAGCAUUAUAUAUUAAUAAUAUCAAGUGGUCUAGACAUAAAUACCAUGACACAUUUAUCUAAUCAAAAUAUUAUGAAAAAACCUUCUAACUAUAAAAAAAGUUUCAAAUAUUUAAAUAGCUUUAUUAAUGAUACUAAUCAGAAUAAUACUAAUAUAGAGGUAAUCAUUCAAAUUAUUGCAGACAUAUCAGAUACAUAUAAUAAUGACCUAACCAUUAUAUAUAUAUUACUGGAAAUUAACUUACUACUGUCUUUUCAUCACUAUUUUGAUCAUUACUCUUACAAUCCGAAUGUUAUAUUUGGUCUUCUCCCGAAGGUUAGCAGCCCCUUAUGCGUUCUGUACGCGAGUGAGGAUUACGUGGUCAGGAGAAGAGGUACCUCUUCAGGGAAUUGCCAAAAAAGCGGCGUUGGAAAUGACGUCGGACGUGGUCAAAGAAGCGAUGAAGGAAGCGAUAAAAGAAGAGAUAGAGGAAGCGAUAGAGGAAGCGAUAGAGGAAGCGAUAGAGGAAGCGAUAGAGGAAGCGAUAGAGGAAGCGAUAAAGGAAGCUAUAAAGGAAGCUAUAAAGGAAGCGAAAAAGGAAGCGAUAAAGGAAACGGUAUUGGGUAUAAGGUCGGAUGUGGCACCGGAGGUGGUAACGAUGUAAAUUUAAAUGAAAUUGCCGGCGGUAGGGGGAAAGGGGUUUCCCCUUACAGUGGUCCAUACAACGAGGAGGAGAGCACAAGGAGAAAAGGUUCAAUCGUUAUGAAGGAAGGAAAAAUGGAGUACAUAAAUGAAAAGGGCAAUGAUAACUCAGAUGAAAUAAUGAACGUAGGAUGUUAUGAAGACGAAAUAAAAACAUGGCUUUUAAUACCAAAUAAACAUAUUAUAAAAAUUUUUCAUUUUUUUUUAAAUAUAUUAUUAAGUAAUGACUCAAAUUUUAAGAUGAAAAGUAAAAAGUAUGGUUACUUUGUUGAUAGUAAUGGUUCAAUAAUAGAUGUUAAUAAUGGUGAAGAGGAAAUUUUGAAAGACGGAUUUGUUAAUAAUAGAAUGUUUUAUGACACGCACUUGCACUAUUUUAUAUAUAUGUAUCCCUCAGUAGAUUAUAUAAAGGAAUUAAUAUCAUUUGCUUUUCAAUACAACUUUUCUAUAUAUUCACCCAGGAUUUUAUAUGCCUUGUUAUUUGAAUUUUUAAUUAACAUAAAAAGCAAUUACAAAAUUGUUUUACUUGUUCUGAAGUCACUAAACAUUAUAUGUAUAUCACUGUAUAAUUAUAUGAAUAAGAAAAAUUUAAGAUUACAUUCAAGACUGCAUUAUAAUUAUUUAGUAUUACCAAACAUGAGUAAAAUAAUGUCUGUGUUAUUUAUGUAUUGUUAUCACCCAAAUGUAGCUGUGUCGUUUUUGAGUUUGCAGCUUAUGUCUAUUUUAAGGAGUUUUACUCAUAAUAAAAGUAUUUCCUUCAUUCAGAAUCAUACCUACUUUGAAAUAAUGCAUUCCUUUUUGCAUUUGCAUGACCGAGUAAUAACGCAUAGUGAAAUGCACCACAAUGGGCUGCAGAACAGCGGAUUCGUUCCGUUAUUCGGGGGGGACAGUAUAUAUUAUAAGAAAAUAAUAGAAAACAUAAAGAGAAUUGGCCGAAGGUAUAGAAAAGGUCGGAAAAGACGAGAAAUAUAUAAACAUCGAAAAAGUCGAAAUAUGAGGAAAAAAAAAUUUUUCCAAAAAAUAGAAAAGGAGAAAUGGAUUAACCGAUACAACUAUUUGAUAAAAUUGUGUUACAUAAAGAUAGCAAAAACUAUUAGUAUAAAGCUGAUAAAUACGUACUUAAAAACCUACUCAUUCAAAUGUCAUGAAGGGAGAAGAAGGAAGGUCAAUGCCUUUAUUAAGCUUUAUUUUAACUUGGACUUGAAGGGGGUCCGUAAGUUAAUGGAUUCCAUCGAUGGGGACAACAUUUACAGGGGUGAGAGGGGUACUAUAAGUACUAGAGGUACUGGAGGCAUUAGGAAUACUAGUGUUACUAUAAGUGGAAUGCACAACGGAAGAGAUAGUAACCGAGUCAGUCAAAGAAGCGCACAUCGAAACCGAAGUAGGAGCAGGUGUAGAAGUAAUGUGCUUUAUUUGUCUAAUGCUGAGCCACUGAGUCAUCAGUUUGCAAGCUUACUUAGGUUGAUGAAAGUAUAUUUUACUAGCUAUGUAAAAGGGGAGAUAGAAAAAAUAUACAGCUAUCAAACAUAUAUUACCAUAUUUUUUUAUGUAUUAGUAGAGCUUCUAAGGACAAUUCAGAAUAAUGAAGAAUUUGAAAACACUCUUUUUUACUUAGGAACUGUAAACAACCUUUGUGUUAUAGCUAAAUAUUUUAAUGUGAAAUAUGCAAAUAAGCUUAUUACCAUUUUUUUCAAACUUAAUGAUGAGAUAGCUAUAAAUGAUAACGAGAAUAUGUUUUUAACUCUAUAUACAAAUUUUUCAUAUAUUUAUAAGACUUAUUUUUUUAAUUUAUAUAAAGAAAAGUGUACAACAUUGUAUACACGAAAGUGUUUCGAAUGCAUACAGCUCAUGAGAAAUGAUGCCAUAUGUGUAAAACGAAACACUGACAACCAGUUAGAUUUCAAUAACUUCAUGUUGCUAUCAAACAAGUAUAAUACCGAUCUGACUAAGGAAAAAAAUAUAGAAAGUGUUUUGACAUACCUUAACGAAUACCAAGCCAUUUAUAAAGCAAGCAUUAAGCACAUUCUGCAUUUGCACAGCGCAAACAGCGCAACGGUUGGCGGCAUAAGUAGUGGCAUAAGUAGCGAUAUAAGUAGCGGAAAAAGGAGCGGCACGACUGGAUACCCACAUAAUAAGGAAGAAAAAGAGCAGAAAUGGCGCAGGGAAAAAAAGGGAACCAAGUGGGAUGGUUUUCCUAGUGAGAAAUCUAGCAUAAACAAAGAUGCAUCAAUAAAAUUUGAAAAAGAAUUUAGUAAUAAUCCAAAAAUUGAUAAAAAAAAAAAAAUGAACUACUUAGAAGAAUUAAGAAAAAAAUUAGAUCAAAAAAAUGACAUAGUAAAAAAAACACAUGAAUUAUUUGAGGACAAGUUAGGUUGCUAUAUAUUACAAAAUGAUAUGAACUUUUCUAUUAGUAAAAGUUUCAAUCAAUAUAUAACAGCUUAUUAUAUUGAGAAUGUAUUAGAUGAACAAAAUUUAUUUCGUAUUCUUUUUGCUUUAAAUAAUAUUUUUUACUCAGAUGUAGCUAAUAGAAAAACUAGUGCAUUCUAUAUUUUUGGAAAAUCUAAUUAUGUUAUCAAUGCUGAAAAUAUUCGUACCACUUUAAUAUUAAGUAUUGGUUUAUGUGUUAAAAAAAUACCAUCCAGAAAAUUUCAAUAUUUGUAUAGCAUCAAUGAAGUAUAUGUUAAUAGUAGCAUAUUUCAUCUGUACGUUCAGUAUGUGUACUUAACUUUGGUUAAAUAUAAUAACACAUUUGAACAUGUAUUGCUCUUUGAUAAAAAUGAAUUUUCACCUAAGGGGGAGGAUGAUCAGUUAGUGAAAGAGAUAAUGAACAAAAGGAACAAGUACAUCGAUGAACUGUACAAGGAAGAGAUAAAUACAUAUUCUAUAUUUAGGAGAAACAUAUUUUCCAGGCUCAGCAGAGAAGUCAGCGGUGAUAUUUGCAUCGAACAUUCCACUGCGGAAUCCACUUCAUUACAUAGCAGUGCUGUAUAUAACACUGUCAUGGGUGACACUACUGCACGUAGAAUUGCCAUAGGCUCUACUAUCACAGACAGCACUACUACUAUAGGAACUACUACCGCAUACAGAUGUGCUCCCAACAACGCUGCCAAUACACACAGUGGACCGCUCAACGGACAGUUCGACACUCUGUUCAUAUUCCAACUGUUAGUGGAUCCAAUCAUUAAUUCGCUUUAUCAAGAGAAGGAAAUAAAUAUACAGUUAAAUUUGCUAAAAUCGUUAAAAAGUAUAGCAAAAAAAUUAAAACAAAUUAAAAUGAACAAAUGCAAUUUUGGUACUACUGAAAUAGGGGAGAGUGAGCAUAGGACGAAGUCUAACUUAAUAACAACUGAAGAGAACAUCAUACUAAGCAAUAAUAAUUAUUUUGUAAAUCACUUUGAUUUAAAAAAUAGUAGAUAUAUGGUUAGAGAUAUAUGCGAUCUCUUGUUAGGAGACAAUUGGAGUACUAUCCCGUUUUAUUCCUGUCUUUAUGUUUAUAAAUUUAUAAUAAUAUUUUCGUCUUUAUACUAUCUUUCAAAUAUUUCCAAUUUAACCUUACCUAUUUCACAGUUAAAUCUUAUGAACGUUCAGAAUUUUGCUAUUUAUUUUAAAUUUCUUAACAGCGAAAUUGUUAGCAAAAGCGAGUACUAUUUUAAAGAGCAAAUGAAAAAAAAGUAUUGUUCUGAUGGCGAUUUGAACAAAAUGAACUCCACCAAGGCAACUACUGACAACGAGUUUCUUAUCAAAGAAACGAAGAAAUUGGUUGAAAAAAUGGAUUUUCAACUUAUUAUGCAUUGGUCUGGAAAUAAUAGAGAUAUUAUAUAUAACGAUUAUUUUUAUGAAUUAAUAAAAGAAGACACAUCACCAAAUGAACAUAAGGAUAUGUAUCAUUUAAACAUUAGUAACCAAUCGUAUGAAAUUUUGUCAAAUUCAUUGAAGACUCUUUAUUAUUCCUUAUUCAUACAACACCCUCUAAUUUUUCAGACCACUUUUAUUAUCGUCGAUGUACUUAUUAACUUAUUCUUGAAAAUUGUGCUAAACCAAAGGCAGAAAAUAUAUCAAACAUUCCAAAUUUGUGAAUCGUGUCGGAAGUAUCAGACUUGCCAAAUAUGCCAAACGUGUAAUACGAAUCAGUUAAAUCCAAAUUUUCAACAUGAAGAAAAUAAAACCAAUGGAGAAGCAACAAAUAUAAAUAGCAAUCUUUUUGAUUUGAAUCAGAUAAAAAUACAUACUUACCAAAAUAAAUUAAGCUCCAGUUUUUUACCUCAAAAAGAGGCAGAAAGUAGGUACAAGCGGGAGUGUAUUAAUAAACAUAAGGAAAGGAGGCAGCAGUUAGAUGAACCAUCAAUUGUUAGAAAGAUGAACACAAUAGACAGGAUCAAAUCGAAAAAAAGGGGAAAUACACGCAUGGUGGUUAAUGGGCAUGAAGAAGCAGACGAUGAUGAUACUAACAAAAAGCUCAACGAAGGUAUUUACAUCGGUGAAAUUACAGCAAAGGGUGCAACAGAGGACGUAACAAAGGGUCUAUCAAAGAGCAGACGUAGAGGUCGUGAAAACAGUGCACACAGAAGUAACAGUGAAUAUUCUAAUAGCAUACAUAGGAAACAAACGGAAGGAGAAAGCAUAAAUAACUUAGGAGAGUACUUCCAAUCGAACAUAUCACAUACCAACCAUUCGAUCGCAUGUAACGACUACACGGUAAAGUCGACGAAGUCGUCCAAGCUAUUGCAAAAUAGAAAAAGGGAAAACGUUAACCAUAACGAUAAGCACAGAAAGAAAUGUAGGAACGAGCCAAUUAACAACCUUAUUGAUGGGGAUAACAACAAGCUAUUUUAUAUUUUGAGUAAGUACGAAAAAGUCGCUCUUUCAUGUUUAGAUUCUAUUAUAAUGAUUAUAGUCAAGGUGGUGUCAGAAGUUAAGUCGUUUUUCUUUAUAUCCAAAAUGGUAAAGUACAUACAUGAUAUCUGCAUAAUGACAAAUGUGAAUGAGGUGAAACUUUUAUCAUUUCGAAUGAUAACAGAAAUAAUAUUUAAGUCUAUAUCGAGUUAUAAGAAGGGAGUGAAUAAGAAAACCACAUGUAACCAAAUUAGCAAAAAUGCUACUGAAACAUAUGUAAGAAUGAUGAAUAAGAAAAAAAAAGAAGAGUUUUCGAAUACAAAGGGUAGCAAACAUUAUAAUGAAGUAGAGGUCAAAAACGAAAUAUCAAUAGAAGGAAUAAAUAUAAAUGAGCAGGAUAAGAAAAGUUUCUUAUCUUUCAACACUUCCAAUUUUGAAAAAUAUUUUACCUCAAUUAUAUCUCCAAAUGGUAAGUUAUCAAAUGGUAAGCUAUUCGACUUGAAUUAUGAAAAAAAUUAUGUGGACAUGAAGAAGCAUAUUGUUGACUGUGAAAAUAUAACCAGUAGUUGGAGUAAAAGGGGUAUCCCAAGUGAUGAUGAUAAAAAAGUUGAGCUUUCUGAUCAUAGUUAUUUGCAUAAUAUGAAUGAUAAUAAUUUAAGUAGUAUUCCGAAUGAAAAAUAUGUAGAGGAAGAAAAGAAUGAUAACGGUGAAAGGGGAUCUAAAAACGAGGAUCAUAUGAGUGAAGUAAAUGGGGAAGUGAAGGGCGAAGUAAAUGUCAAAUCAAAUGUCAAAUCAAAUGUCAAAUCAAAUGUCAAAUCAAAUGUCGAAAAGAAGUCUGAAGGUAGCUACUUGUGCGAAUGCAUAGGACUGCUAAUCCCAUAUAUCAAAGACGACCAGAAAAUAAUCAGCUAUUUCAGUAUUUGUUCUAUAUGCGUAAUAAUAGGAAAAUUAGCGAAAAGGAAAAUUUUGAGUGAUACUCAUUUUGUUUUUUUCUUUUUCAACUCGAUAGAAGUAGUUUUAAAUGUAUUGAAUAAGUUGAGUAGUCACAACUGCGUUAACGAAAAAAGAAAAUCAAUGCGAAAAAAAAAGGAGGGACAUCAGAAUCAGCAAAAAAGAAAAGAUUAUCAUUUCAUUCGGGAAAAAAAUGAGAAAACUAGGGAAAAUAACAUGGAAAUGUGCUUGAAAUAUAAUCUGCCUAACAAUUAUGAAUUCUUCACGGAGGAGUACUGCGAGGAUAGCGGUCAACAUAUAAUUGAAAAAACAUGCUACAGCGAUGAGAAUGAUGGCAAAAGUGGAGUUAGCAUCGGAAGCUGCAGUGGCGGUGGCAGUAAGGAAUACCACCGACAAGUAACUAAGCAGAGUUACCUCUACGAAGCGAAAAAGCGUGAGGAGACGAAUAUUACUACUCAUGAAGCGAAGAAACGUAUAAUAGGAAAAAAUUUUAAUAUCAAAAAUAUUAGGAAUUACAUAUACAUUAUAGAGUUUCACCAAAAAUUUUACCAGUAUCUUAAUAAAAAAAUAAAAGAAAUAAAUAAUGAUAAAUAUCAAAAGGGUCUUAUAAAAAAUCUAAGUAUGAUUAGAGGUAAUAAAAAGAAAGAGGUGAAUCUAUAUAAACUAAUUAAUACCAUCAUCAUUGAAUAUUUUUCGAACGAUGAAAAACGGUGUUACAUAAACAAUCUCAUAUGUUGUAUGCAUAAUACGAAUAAACGUAUAUCAAUGAAUGGAUUAAAUUUGCUUAUGUAUUAUUUAGUGAGUGAACAAAUUAACAAUACCGAUAUAGAAGUUAUUUUGAGUAGGAUGUUUAGUGAAUUAUCAUACUAUGUAAAAAUGAACGUACUAAAUGAUAAAAAUUUUAAAUUAAAUGAAAAAACAGACAAACAAACAAAUAAUACAUUAGACACAUAUUAUUAUAAUAUAUGGAAAUGCAGCCAAAAGAAAAGAGAUGAAGCAAACAUUUUGGAAAGGUCGUUAUAUAUAAUUUUAUUAUUAUGUAGAAAAUAUUUUUAUAUUACGAUAAAUAUGUUAUGCACUAUACAAUCCAAGUAUAAUUAUGAACAUAUUUACUUUAUAUAUAUGAUUUGUAAUAAUAAAACAUUGUUGAAUAAGACCUUAGAUUAUCUGUUUUACAUUAUGAAUAACCUCCAUAUACAUAAGUUGAACAAUAAUUUUAGCAAUAUUUUAUCCCUCCUAUUUCAUUUCAUUAAGUUUAAGAAUACGUAUAUAAAGUCCUACGCAAAAAAGUAUUUUGUCGAACUCUUUCUAAUAGUGUACUAUGUCCUAGGCGUAAAGCAGCUUUCGCAUUUGGGAAGCAAUGCAAGUAUGGGCGGGAAUGCACGCAGCAGUAUCAGCGGGAAUAUGCAUGGUAAUAGUUUCAACAUAAGGAAUAGAAGUACUAGUGAGGGGAGCCCACCUAACCGAUUCACCCUUGACAGUGAACACAUUUUGGCAUAUAAUAAAAAAGAGGAAAAAUUAGAAGGGGCUGGUUUUUACAAAAAUGAGAAAUACAACAAGAUACAUAGUACUGGCGAGAACAACUCAGAAGCAUUAAUGCGAGAGAAUGGUGCAGCGAUAGGUGUAACUAUCACCGAUGAUGGACUUAACAUGGACGAAGUGAACAGUAAUAGUGCAAAUUGUGAAAAGGGCGAUUGUAGUACUGACCAUUGUAAUAUAUAUACAAAAAGGAGAAAUAAUAAUGAGCGCAACAGUGAUAGCAGUAUACGUAGAAACAGCGGAAGUAGAAGAGACAGAAACCGAGGAGGCAGUAGAGAGCGCUACCUACGCAGCAAAGACAUGUCGAGCGGGAAAUACGUUGAAGGGAAAGACACAAUGAGCAAAGAAGAUAAGCUGUUAGGGAGCAUAAUGAAUAGAUCCAUUUUUUUUUUAGGAAAAAGGAAUAUAUUUAAAAAUAGCUAUAUAAAAAAUAUUUCUAAGGAUGAAUAUAAUGAAAAGAUAUAUAAUAAUUAUACCUGUAAUAUAAGCGUAAAUAACACAUUAAACUGCUAUAAUAUAGUAAAAGAAUUGUUAAUAUUAAAUAAUAAACAAAGUGUAUUAAGUUAUUGCGACGAGCAUAAAAUAGACAAGUUACUAUACUAUAAACAUUCCUUUGAAAAUGGGUUAACUAAAUUAAUUUAUAUAUUUUUAAAAAAAAAUGAUACUUUUAAAAUAUUUAAAUUUUUGAUCUAUUUUAUCAAGAGUAGUGAUAAUAUAAAUUAUAUUAUCAUUUCGUUAAUCAUUUUAUCACAGAUACCUUUAUGUCUACACAUAAAAGAGAAAAAUUUAAAAAUAAUAGAACCGCUGAUUAAUGUUUUAUAUUGUAUUAAUAGCAAAUAUAAAAAUACUCUUGUUACGAAAUAUUUACAUUUAUCUUUCACUAACUUUUUUAUCAUAUUCAAAAAUAUAUUUAAGUAUCAGUCAGAAAGGGGAUUAAAACCUUUUUCCCUUUUUAUAAAAGAGAAAUAUACUUUAAGUAUUUUGAAUUCUCUUUUUAACAAUUUAAAUAAUACAGAUAAAAAUAUUGUUAAGGAGACCUUAAAAGCUUUUAGGGAGGCCUCUAAAUAUGACACAUCACAUUGGCCCUCGCCCAUUUGUUCCUCCUUUAUCAAAAUACUGACCGAUCCAUCGGUAGUUUUACUCUACCUAAACAACAGUGAAUCGAUUGAGAAGGUGUACAUGUGCAAAAUUUUGAGCGAAAUUUUUAGGACGCUCAAGAGGGAGAGGCUGCGCAGUUGUAGGAGUGGUAUGAAUUCGAGGCAUGGUCCGAGCGAGGGGCGAAAUAUAGAGCUUAAGUUAAAAAAAAAAAAUAUCUACGAAGUUGCAACCUACCUACUAAUAAAUCUCGUAGAUAAGAAAAAGCAGAUCUCGUCGAACGUAUGGGUGGCUCUAAAGGAGCUAAUCCGAUUUAAAUUUUCUGAUAGUGUUAAUGAUACAUUACUUUUUUUUGAGGAAAAAAUUUACUUGUCAAGUGAUGCUGAUGUAGACAGAGAGGAGAACUUUCAUCAUGCAAGGAAAGAAUAUUUUAACGAAACGCAAAUUAUCAUGAAUAAGAAAAAAUCAACCAGCACAAAAAGUGCCUAUUGGACAAAACUUAGUAAGAAUGAUAAUGCCAUUUCGUACAAGGAAAUACCGAAAAAUGCUAGAAGUGAAACGAUGAAUAAUAAUCCUCCAUGUGAUGAAGUCAAUGGUUUAAUAGAGAAAAUCAGGAGGGGAAAAGGUCGCUACAGUACCACAGCCCCUGCGUGUGUCCGCCUUAAUGCUGAAAUUGACAAUGAUGCUAACUCUGAUACAUGCUCUAAUACAUGCGCUAAUGGAUACGUUAAUGUCAAUGCGAACGCUAGUUCGAGUGAUGAUUCUAUCCCUGGUACGUUUGAUUGGGACGACGAGAAAAAAGGAAGGUGCGGUGAUAAUGCAUCUGAUUACUCCACUGAGGAAACACCAACAAAGGAGAGGAGUUACACCCAGGGAAAUCGAAAAAGGAAUUAUGCUGGUACAAGGUCGAAUAAGCAAACCGAAAUGUUCAGAGAAAUAGUGGGAGAAAAAUCAUACGAUGAAAAAAGCGGUAAUGAUGAAUCAGAUAAUUCGAAUCAAAGGGAAAAACAGAAAAUUAAUAUGCAUUACUACAAGUUGUUUGUAGAAAUAUUUAUUCCCCUUAUAAUAUGCAUUGAUACAAAAACAUCUUACAGUAAUAGAGCAAUAUUUACAGAGAUAAAUAAUUACUUGUACAGUGAAGAGUACAGUAAAGAAAGCAGUAGAACAAAUAAUUUUUCACGUAUUAAACAUGUACAUGACACAUUAUAUGACAUAUUUUUUAAGCACUUAAAUCUAAACUUGACAAAUAUAAAUUGUUUAUAUAGAGCUUAUAUAAUCUUACUAAACAGUAGAAGAUAUUUCGAUAAAAAAUUAUGGAAUUGUAAUAUACCAAUUAAUGAGAAUGUAUUAAAAAUGAUAAAAGAAUAUGAAUUAAAAAAUACCAAAUCGAGGGCAGAGCAUGUUUUAUUUGGAGACUUAAAAAAUUAUGUGCAUAAAAAAAAUAGUCAUAUAAGCAAAGAAAAUUUUAAAGAAAAUAAUAUAUCAAAGAGUUUUACUUCUGUCUUAACAAACACUCUAUUGAGUACUUUCUCCGAGACAUUGAAAUAUUCUUAUGACAACUUCCUUUUUUUCAAUAAUGAGAAUAGUACUACUAAUAGUAAUAAUAAUGUUCAUACGAAUAACCGCCAAUAUAUUGCUGCCGCAUUUUAUGUAGAAGAGCAUACAAGGGUUAAAGACUACAAAAUCGGUAAGAAUUAUGGAAGCAAUUUGAAUAAUAAUAAAAUGAAGAUACACAAAUAUGGCACUGAACAAUCAUUUAUAAAGGAAGAAGAACAUUAUGGGGAUGGAAAAGAUGAAUAUAGCACCAAUGAACUGAGAGGAGAGACAUCUAACAUUUUACCAGAGAGUUCCAGUAUCGACCUAGAAGGUGCAGAUAACUUGAUGUUCUAUAAUAAACAUAUCGACGAUAAAUUUACAGACGAAGAAUGUAAAAAUGGUAAGAAGACUCCUACGAAUGAACAAAUGGGUUUAAAGAAUCAUCACUGUAGUACGAAAAACGGAAAUAAUGAAAACUUGUUAUAUGAAAAACAGUUAAUAAGAGACCUUAAAAAAAAAGGUAUCUUAUACUGCACAGGUGGGCUGGAGUAUAAUGAAGAACUCUCUUUUGAUUCGAAUAAAAGGAUAAACAGAGAAAACUAUGGCAUUUUUAUCUCCAGCAGUGAUGAGGGUAGCAAUGAUGAGGGUAGCAAUGAUGAAGGAAGCAAUGAUGAAGGAAGCAAUGAUGAGGGUUGCAGUGAUGAGGGUAGCAAUGAUGAGGGUAGCAAUGAUGAGGGUUGCAAUGAUGAAGGAAGCAAUGACGAAGGAAGCAAUGACGAAGGAAGCAAUGAUGAAGGAAGCAAUGAAAAGUGCAGCAAAGACUGUCAGCAUGGUGAAAGCGGAAAAUAUGGAGUAUAUGACAAAUGUAGAGAAGAAGAUGGAGAGGGGGUCGAGGACCGAAUGACAGCAGCUCAGGGUAGGGUAAGAGAGAACAGUGGUUUAGAUACUAAACUCAUAAAAAGGAAAUUAAAAAAAAUAAAACUACUAAAUAAACACUACAAUUUUGUUAACCAUUUUAAAAAUGUGCAAAGCUUAAAUAUGAAUGAAAAUGUGUUAUACUGGAUUGAGCUGUUAAAAUUUCUAAAGGAAGACCCCCAUAAUUUAGUAUCAUCAAAAGAAAUAAAAACGUUUAACUUUACAGAUUUUUUUGAAGCCUCACUCAUAUGCGCCCUAACAGUAGUAAAAUUUGUUUCUUUGUCGUUAAAUUGUAAAAAGUUAUAUAAGAAAACCUUGAAAUAUUUGGAAAACUCGACUAAGGAGGAAGAACAAAACACUGAUAGGAAGCUACAACACAAGAAUGAAAACAAGUACAAGGAUGAACAGAGAAAAAUAAAAGAGAUGUACUUUAUACAUUCUUUGUACAUAUCGAUGAAAUUAGAAGCUCUAUGUUCUUCUAUUACUAAGCAAUUAUGCACUUUUUUACAAGAGGACAAAACUGAUAUACAUCUACCAAUAAUUAAGUCCUUAUCUAUCUUAUCUAUCUUGAAACCAUCUGCUUAA